AUGCAGGAAAUUGAGUCUAUACUCCUGACAAACAAUACGCUGCGAGAGAAACACAUGGGUCAUGUGGACGCGCUGGCAGGAACACCAGCGCGCAUGCUUACACGCAAACAACCACACAGGCGCACAAACCUACUGCCAAAUCGACGCCUGCUCCCCAAAGUUUCUAAACCGGAUGACACAAGGGCGGGUUUGUCCACUCCACCAGGUCAACACCGUCAUCCGGAGCACAAAGAUGCUCAACCGUCAACUUCCAAAAGCAUCUAUUCUUCGCGGAUUUUCAGCACUCUAAAACCAGGUUCUGCAAAAGGCCUCUCAACGGCACUUCGAUAG